AUGUCCCUGCCAUCCAGAGCCAAUUUCGGAUUACUCAACUGGCUCAUCGGCUGGCUGCUGCUGCUGUCGAUGGUUUUGUUCAGAGGCUACAGCGCUGCGUUGGCACCCACGCCGCCCACCACGUCAACUACAACCGUCUCGCCCUCCAAUCUGCUGCCCUACUUCGACUUUGAUGUGCCGCGCAACUUGACCGUAACCGUUGGCCAGACCGGCUUCCUCCAUUGCCGCGUGGAGCGACUGGGCGAUAAGGACGUCUCCUGGAUACGCAAACGUGAUCUGCAUAUACUCACCGCCGGCGGCACAACCUACACAUCCGAUCAGCGUUUUCAGGUUCUGCGACCCGAUGGCUCCGCCAAUUGGACACUGCAAAUCAAGUAUCCGCAGCCACGUGACUCCGGCGUCUACGAGUGCCAAAUCAACACGGAGCCCAAGAUGUCCCUGUCGUACACCUUCAACGUAGUGGAACUCAAAGCGGAAAUCUUCGGGCCCAGCGAUCUGAUGGUGAAAACCGGCAGUGACAUAAACCUAACGUGUAAAAUUAUGCAAGGACCCCACGAGCUGGGCAACAUAUUCUGGUACAAAGGCAGCGAAAUGCUCGAUGGCAAGGGCGAGAACGAAAUCGACAGCUCCAUGGCCCGGAUUCGCGUCGAGGAUGAUUGGACUGACGGCCUGACUUCCAGAUUAAAAAUCAAGCGCGCCAUGCCCGGCGAUACCGGCAACUAUACCUGUGUGCCGACGGUGGCAAAAACCUCGAGCGUCUAUGUGCACGUAAUUAUUGGCGAACAUCCUGCGGCCAUGCAACACAAUUCGAGUAGCAACAGCAACAGCUUCUACUGCGGCAUCUGCUGCAUGCUGCUGAGCAUUGUGUCCUGCUGCCUGCAGCACUUUUAUGAAACGGGGUGUGGAUACCUUCAUGCCGCGGCAGCGGUGGCAAAAUCCGCGGGAUUGGGGCCCCCCAAGCGAGCAACGCUAACGACCAGCGAAACAGGAAUAAGUGCAGCAGAAGCUGCAGCAGCAGCAACAACAGCAGCUGCAGCAGGCGCAUCUGUAGCAGCAGCAGCAGCAGCAAGAUCCACAUUAGCAACGUGCAACAUGUUGAGAGAACGCCCAGCGGCAAUUCGGUGUCUGAGAUGAAGGAAUAAUCAACACGCAGCGAAACACUAAAAAGGCAAAACACACCUACACACACACACAAACACGCAACACUGACACACAUAUUCAAGGUGAUUUAAGUUUUCUAUGUAUCGCAUGGGGGGCUCAAACAUAAGUAUUAUAUUUACCUACUUCUAAGGAUUGCACUUAGUGGAAAAGCAAACAUAUUAUCUGAUAAGCGAACAAGUAAUUAACAACGUUAAGAGUGAUGAAAGCUAAUCCCUGGAAAACUGAAAAAAACCUAUGCAUUUUCGUGGGGCAUCAUAAUCAACGUGAUCUUCGACCCAUUGGAACAAAGGCUACUUGUUUGACAUCGAUUUGAAUUGGACAUUGACCAAUUGAAUGAAAGAACGCCCCAAAAAUCACAUAUUAUUACCAUAAUUGUUUGACUUCUGGACUGCCUUACAAUGUCCAGAGAUAUGGGUGAAAAAUGAUUGAUUAAAACCGAACAUCCGUCUUAUAUCCCAUAUUCAACUGUCAGUUAUCUGUAAAUCUCAUUCUGCUACCGAAUAUUGACUGCACACACCCAUAGAAAAACCUAACACACCUCUUCAUUAUGAAAUAAGACUUACUAGCUAUAAAUACCCCGAACAGCCGGAUUAACGAGCAGAGAUCCAAUUCUCUGGAAUCACAAUAACCCACUUCUAUGCAAUCUUUUACUGCCAACGAACUUGCACUCCACAGCCCAUUGCAUCAAGUUGUUCGAUUGAAAUUUGCUGUAAAUAAUUGUCAUUCAGGAGAGAUUUACUCAAGAGUCCUUGGACGCACAUACGUGUGAACAAAAGAUGGUUCUGCAUUCGAUUGCUUUGCACAUUUAUCAGUUUUAGGUAUUAGCUAUGUUUAAGUACGAUAAUGAAUGUAUAUGUAUAGCCGAUAAGCGGAUAAAUUACGGGAGCGGAUGAUACUGAAAUUCAAGCGUCAGUACUCAAAAGUUGGGUAUUAACCUAUUUGUGUCUGACCCAAUUGUGGGUGAAGCUCGUUUAAUUGUACAUAAUUAGUUUUGGCUAGAAACAAACACAUAAAAAAAAAAGACAACGGAAAGAAACAAACACAAAUGAGGGGAAAAUUUAAUAUUAAAUGCAAUUUAUAAUUGUGCUUAUCGAUAUAAUUGAUACGAAUGCAUUGCGAGUGUGCAGGCACUGUAAAUAAAUUCAUUAGUAGACGAAAUUGUAAUUUUAAUUAACUCUUAAACGAUAUAAACAGAUAAAACCGAUAAAUGCGAUUCGCAGGCUGGCAACCGCCCUAGUUGGUAAGCCGCACACUGAGGCAAAAUUGGCAGAAGUCACACGCAAACCAAAUUAACUAAACCACACUAAGCAUAACACAAUUCAAAUAAUAGUGAAAGCUAGUUAAAUUUAAUGCGGAGCCCUGUAAAUAGAGUGAAUGGAUAGUGAAUUAAUCGGUGAUCGGCGAUUAACUAAGCUAAAUCCGUUAAGUGUCAAGUAUUAAUGUCGGCUCCAGAUUAAUGAAAAAAAUAAUAAAAAAACAAAAAACAAUAACGAAACCCUAGCAAAUACAUUAUGUACAAUUGUAUGUCACGGCAGUGCAGCUAACAAAUAUACAUACAUAUAUAAACCAGGUACUCUCAAAUCAUUUAUAUGUGUGCGUAUCCAUAGGUACCCUACUUAUGCAUAUACAGAUAGGAUUGUUUAAACGCCACAUCAAAAACACGGACACUGCAGGCGAGAGUUUUGUGAAAUGAAACCGAAUCGAUUCAAUAAAAUUAUAAUUUAGAAAAUUUAA